UUCGACGUAAUCAAACCAGAGCGUAGAAGCAACUGAAGAUGUCGAGAACGUUGACAUUUAGUCUAACGUUCGUACGACAUGGGGAAACCCAAUACAACAGAGACAAGCUGCUACAAGGUCAAGGUGUGGACACCUCUUUGUCAGAAACAGGGGUGCAGCAAGGUGAAGCAGUGGGACGCUACCUCAGAGACAUCCCAUUCAACAACGUGUUCGUCAGCAGCUUGCAACGAGCCCAGCAGACUGCUGAAAUAAUUCUCAGGAAUAACACUCACUGUUCUGGCGUGGAGAUGGUUUUGGACCCGUUACUCAAAGAGAAGGGUUUCGGCAUUGCUGAAGGGCGGCCUAAAGAGGAUUUGAAAAACAUGGCCAAUGCAGCUGGUCAGUCGUGUCGUGACUACACCCCUCCAGGAGGCGAGACAUUUGAAGAGGUGAGGCUGCGUUUCAAAAAAUUCCUCAAAGCCCUUUUCCAGCAAAUGUUGGUUGACCAUGGCUGGUUAGCAUCAGAUACUUGUGCUGGACCAACACAAAAUGGUGUAGCUGCUCUGAACGGAUGCACAGCAGCUGUCUCUGGCAUUGCUCCUAGUGGUUUGGCUGUUGACGGCAUCCAUGGAGUACAGGUCCAUGCUCUGGUGGUGAGCCACGGCGCUUACAUCCGAAUAGCCAUCAAACACCUUGUGGAGGACCUGAAGUGUUCGCUGCCCACUGGGGCGAAGAUGUCCCAGGUGUGUUCAAUUUGCCCGAACACUGGCAUCAGCCGCUUCAUUGUCACCCUGAGCCAGUCAGAGUCCGGCCCGGUCCUUUCUGCUGUUCGUUGCAUUUUCACCAACCGAACAGACCACCUGGAAAACCUUGACGGUGUCAAAUAAUAUAUCCUGUAUGUGCAAAAUUAUGACAGAAAAAAAAAAAUUAUAAACACAAAAGGGAAACAGGAAAAACUCAAAUCCACCACAGACUUUGCUUAUAACUGCACAGGUUAAUAUUUAUUUUGCUGUAUUUUUUUCACAUUAUACCAAAGUCAGACAUUUUAAUAUUUUUGAAUUAUUAUUAUGCCAGUGGGACCUGAAGUCAAAGUUUAUGUCUCGUUUGUGAUGCUGCUAUGUUUUGUUGUGCAAUACAACUUGACAACACAAAAUUUUUCUUGGAGGGUAAAAAAAGUACUGUUGAGCAUAAAAUAGAAAAAAAAACACAUGGCAUGGUGUGGAAACACAUUUAUUAUUGAUGGAGUUGAUGUUUUCACCCCUGUUUGUUUGUUUGUUUGUUUGUUUAUUUGUCUGUCUUUUUGUGAACAGCCUGUAACCCACAAUUUUCAUAUAUUGUUAUGAAUUUAUAUGUUUUGUUUGUU